ACUGUGUAUGUAUAUGAAAUGAAAGAAGUAAAAAAGUAAUUACUCACAUGUAUUUAUCCAAAGAAGACAGUGAUCGCCUACUUUUGUCAAAUAUUUAGAAACUUAGAAUUGUUUCUUUUAAAUGUCAAUAAAACAUAUGUUUCAGAGUCAUGAUUUUGUGAAAAAAAACUCACUUUGCGAAUAGUAUAGUGUAUGACAGAAUAAAUCAUCCCUCAAAUGGAGCGUGUUUUAAAAGCAGUGCCAGUGGAUUUAAGAGAAAAAAUGGAAGCGCUUGUUCAUGAUUUAACAUUGGCACUUGAGGAAAGCAGCAACAGUGCAAAUGUCAGACGCAGAUGGGGAAUUCGUAGACGAGCUCGUUCAACAGGAAAUAUUCCUUCAUUAAGUGCCAAUAAACAUUCAGAUGACAGUUCAUCGUCAAUUUGUGACAUAAGAAUAGUAUCGAAAACUGCUUCCUCAUCGAAAUAUCAAUCCGACAGUGAUGAUACAAAUCGCACAAAGAGAUUUGCUCGUUUUUCGAAUUUAAAUAAUGCCAGUAAUUUCGAGAGCGAUUCGGUUAAUGAAAAUUUUGUGCCAAGAGUCAAUACAAGACGUAAGAGGAAAUUUAAGAGAAUGGCCAUUGACUCAGAUUCAAAUCCAUCAACUUCACAGGCAGUCGCUAUUAUUUCAACUUCAGUUGGAAAAAAGAAAAGAAUUUUCAGAAACGAUUGCGAAAAUCGUUACGGAGCAAUUUGGUGUGGAAAGAGGAAAAGAUCAUGCCGAGAGCGAUCAAUAGAUUGUGAGAUGCGUUCUCCGAAACCGACUCGCGUUUCAAAGUCAAAAAAUAGAGGAAAAGUUCAAAGCGAGGAUGCAAUGGAUUGUUCACAAGUUUCAAGUUCAAGUAUUUCGUCCAGCGAUUCAGAAACGGGAAUCGUAACAAACGAUGAAGAUCGUGAAGGUGACGAUGAGCAAUCCGAUUGGAUCGGAGAAUCGAGCUGGUGGGACGACACCGACAGUAUAAUAAGCGAAGAUAAAGUCGCAGCUGAUUCGGCACUUCAAGCAAUUUUACACGGCAGCUCUGAGCAUCUCACUGACGAAGCGCGAAAAUGCUAUCGACAGAGAAUUCAAUGGAUUCGCGAUGGAAUAAAUGGACGUGAAAUACGCGCCGGUCGUCGACACGUUGACAAUAAACCUGGCUAUUCAAUAAUCACAUCGGCAAAUGAGAAAGUCUCACGUUUCCUGCAGGAUCCAAAUCAAAGUGAAUUAAAAUUACAUCCAAUGCAUCAGCCGGAACGUGAGAAAUUACGUCGUCUCGCAAAUCUUUACAGUCUAAGUCUCAAGGGCGAUUUAAGUUGUCCAAUUUUGUACAAAACACGUCAGACAACACAAGCAAUAUGCGUCGAUCAAGUGUCACUGAAUCGUUUUUCAGAUUAUAAACGCCUAAGAAAAACACCACCAAAUUCACCGAAUCCCGAUUCAGCAAUGCAAAAUCAAGAAAUACAAAUAUCAGGCACAAGUUUCAAUUCAUCAAUGAUAUCGCAAAUUGUUGGCUCAAUGCAAAAUUUAAGUAAACUCCCGCAAUUUGAAUGGAACACACAUAAUUCGGGAAUUGACAGUCAAACAAAAUUAAGAUUUCACAAUUUCGGACACUCGAAGUCUAAUUAAAGAGAAGAAAAAUAAACGGCACAGUUAUUUUCAACAUAGAGAAAAAGAAAUAUAUAAAGUUUAACUCGUAUUUUCUAAAAACGUAUAUUCUAUGUUUUCUAAAAGAAAUAUUUAACGAAAAAUAGUUUAAAAUAAUCGUACAAGAAAAAUAUUUUGAGAAUUAGUAAAAAAAAAAAAUGAAAUACAAUAGCUUCGUGUUAAAUAACAACGAAUGAUUUAUAUCUAAUUUAACGAA